CUCUGGGGACCCGACCGGCGCGCUCAGUGCACAGCCUCGGCCCGGGAGCCUCCAGGCGGAGAGGCUCCCGCCGCGCUGAGCCGCGGCCUCCGCAUGGAGGGGCCGUGCGCUCGGUCACUGGAGUCGGCGCUGCUCCCGCCGCCACUGCAGGGAGGCGGAGCCGCCGCUAUUCCGGAGCCCGGAGCCCGGCAACACCCGGGACACGAGACCGCGGCGCAGCGGUACAGCGCCCGCCUGCUGCAGGCCGGCUACGAGCCCGAGAGCAUGGCGGACUACCUGAUCAGCGGCGGCACCGGCUACGUGCCGGAGGAUGGGCUCACCGCGCAGCAGCUCUUCGCCAACGCUGACGGCCUCACCUACAAUGACUUCCUGAUCCUCCCGGGAUUCAUAGACUUCAUUGCUGACGAGGUGGACCUGACAUCAGCCCUGACCCGGAAGAUCACACUGAAGACACCACUGAUCUCCUCUCCCAUGGACACUGUGACGGAAGCCGACAUGGCCAUUGCAAUGGCUCUAAUGGGAGGAAUUGGUUUUAUUCAUCACAACUGCACCCCAGAGUUCCAGGCCAAUGAAGUGCGCAAGGUCAAGAAGUUUGAGCAGGGCUUCAUCACAGACCCGGUGGUACUGAGCCCCUCACACACUGUUGGUGAUGUACUGGAGGCCAAGAUAAGACACGGCUUCUCCGGCAUCCCCAUCACUGCCACAGGCACCAUGGGCAGCAAAUUGGUGGGCAUUGUCACCUCGCGAGACAUCGAUUUCCUUGCUGAGAAGGACCACACCACCCUCCUUAGUGAGGUGAUGACACCGCGGAUGGACCUGGUGGUGGCUCCAGCAGGUGUGACAUUGAAAGAGGCAAAUGAGAUCCUGCAGCGCAGCAAGAAAGGGAAGCUACCUAUUGUCAAUGAUCGUGAUGAGUUAGUGGCCAUCAUUGCACGCACAGACUUGAAGAAGAACCGAGACUACCCUUUGGCCUCCAAGGACUCCCACAAGCAGCUGCUGUGCGGGGCAGCUGUGGGCACCCGCGAGGAUGACAAAUACCGUCUAGAUCUGCUCACCCAGGCAGGCGCUGAUGCCAUUGUGCUGGACUCCUCCCAAGGGAACUCAGUGUAUCAGAUCGCCAUGGUGCACUACAUAAAGCAGAAGUACCCCCACCUUCAGGUGAUUGGCGGGAAUGUGGUGACAGCGGCCCAGGCCAAGAACCUGAUCGAUGCUGGUGUGGAUGGGCUGCGUGUUGGCAUGGGCUGCGGCUCCAUCUGCAUCACCCAGGAAGUGAUGGCGUGUGGCCGGCCCCAAGGCACAGCCGUCUACAAAGUGGCCGAGUACGCCCGGCGCUUUGGUGUGCCUGUCAUAGCUGAUGGCGGCAUCCAGACCGUGGGACAUGUGGUCAAAGCCCUGGCCCUUGGAGCCUCCACAGUGAUGAUGGGGUCCCUGCUGGCUGCCACCACAGAGGCUCCCGGCGAGUACUUCUUCUCCGAUGGAGUGAGGCUUAAGAAGUACCGGGGCAUGGGCUCACUGGACGCCAUGGAGAAGAGCAGCAGCAGCCAGAAGCGAUACUUCAGUGAAGGGGAUAAGGUGAAGAUUGCACAGGGUGUCUCGGGCUCCAUCCAAGACAAAGGCUCUAUUCAGAAGUUUGUGCCCUACCUCAUAGCGGGGAUCCAACAUGGCUGCCAGGACAUCGGAGCCCGGAGCCUGUCUGUCCUGCGGUCCAUGAUGUACUCAGGAGAGCUCAAGUUUGAGAAGCGGACCAUGUCGGCCCAGAUCGAGGGUGGUGUGCAUGGCCUGCACUCUUACGAGAAGCGGCUGUACUGAGGACAGCGGUGGAGGCCGAGGCAGUGGAGGGGGGCACCAGGACCCCCCUUCUGGCACAGCCUCCCUCCAUAACUGAGUGGUCCAUGGAUUUGCACUACGGGUUCUCUAGCUCCUUUCCAGAGGGGAGGUUCUUGGAGGGGCUCCAGCCAUUCUCGAGACCACCCCCUCACAGAGUUAGGAUGCUCCCUGGGCCAGGCUACCCGGGAGCCUCUGGGCUCCCUCUUCCUCAGCCCCCUGAGCCCAGCUAGCCUGGGCUCUCAGGCCCUGUGCCUGCCUCAGGUCUCUCUUGCUGCAGCCUGCUCCAGCCCCACUCCCACCCUUGGGGCAGGUGGCCCCCGGCUUCUCCUGUAGGGCACCUCCCUCUCUGUGCCCCUUCCCCCAGGAAAUGGUGCUCUCCUGGCCCUGCCUCCUGGGCUACUGCCCUUUCAGCCAUGUGGCACUCUGGGCUCCUGACCUAGGCCAGGGGGAGGUCUCUGCCCCCUUCCCUUGGCCUGAGGCUCUCUUGGGCCCUGAUCCUCAAGCCACUUCCCCAUCCCUGAGCCUGGGGAGGGGGCCACCCUGAUAAUGGCCACCUGCCCAUAAUUCCUAAUUUGUGACAGUCCCCAGGUGUACUGUUCCUGCCCUCUCCUCUCAGCUGCAGUUGAAGGCUUUAACUUUGCACACUUUGGGGUCAUAGAUCAUUGUAUAUUAACUAAUCGGAAUAAAUCAAGCAGGUCUCAAUGC